GCCGCCACCGCCACCACCUUCCUGGCCAUUUUCCGCCUUCGGCCGCGGGGCCUCCCGGCGUGUCCCGGAGGAAGCGUAGGGUGACCUAAGCAAGACUUACACAGACAAAAUAUAGAUGAAAUUGUUUUGUCUUGUUUUGGGGGUUUUUUUUCCAUUUUAAUGGGGGUUUGAAUUUGUGUUCCGGAUUUAUGAUUACUUUAGAUUCAGUGAGGUGACAGAAAAAAUAAUUCAGCCUGUUUCACGUUAUGCUGUGGGUUAGAUCAGCGAACCCAAAACCAGGCUCAUGGGAAGGCCGGGCUCAGCUGAGAAGGGGUCUCUGCUCUGCACCUGUGGCCGUACAAACCCUUGUGUUGGCACCACAGCAGGAACUGAAGCCGGAGUGAGUGGAAACAAGUCUGGGAGACUGGGACUGCAGUUUCCACCACCAGUGUUCCUCACAUCUGUCUUAACUUCACAUUAACCAGAGAAUUCAUACUUGGUGCUGAAGCUGAAAACUUAUUGAGAACAUCUGGAGGAUGCAGCAAGUGCAGCGUGUCAUGCUGGGCACUGCAUUUGCACAGACACUUAUAAAGGUGACAUGAUGGCAGAAAUAGCAGGGAACUGACAGCACAUGGAAGAUGGCCAAGAGCAAAUCUAAAUACAUUCUGGUGAGGAUGAAGAGUGCUGCAGAGACAGGCUACUGCUUCAACAUCAGGAGACUCCGACUGCAGGAAAAGCUGGUCUUACUGAGAUACGAUCCCAUUGCAAAACAGCGUGUCCUCUUCACAGAGAAGAGAAAAAUCCGUUCUGUGUGAACAAUGUCUGGACUUGAUUUAUACAUGAGAAGAGGAUGGUCUGGGGGGAUGAUGGGGUGAACACUGAUUCAGAAAUCCAGAACACAGGCUGAAAAGAGAGGAAAUGAACUGGGAUCACCGUCUCCUGUGAUUUGAAGGCCAUUGUGAAUAAAACAAUGUAGAGAGAAAAAAUUCUUAAUGUCUGGACAUAGAUCAUCACAGUAACAUUUAUUUAUCUUUUGAGUUAUUUUUACAGUGCUCAAUUAAAAAAAAAUUAAAUAGCAAA